AGCAAAUCACCUCUUCUUCUAGGCUGCUGCAGUGAAACAGAAAGGCGACGAAGGGUUCAAAUUAGGGUUUUUUUUUGCGAAUCGCAGAGCUCUUUCGAAAAACCGAGAAGAGAAGAGAUGAGCCGAAGCUUGGGGAUACCAGUGAAGCUUCUUCACGAGUCGUCGGGUCAUACAGUGACGGUGGAGCUGAAGAGCGGCGAGCUGUACAGAGGAAACCUGCUCGAGUGUGAGGAUAACUGGAACUGCCAGCUCGAGGACAUCACCUAUACCGCCAAGGAUGGUAAGGUAUCACAGCUUGAGCAUGUCUUCAUCAGAGGCAGCAAAGUCAGGUUUAUAGUGAUACCAGACAUGCUGAAGAAUGCUCCAAUGUUCAACCGAGUAAAUGCUAAAAUCAAGGGAAAGAGCUCAAUAGGUGUAGGCAGAGGUAGACCUGCAAUGCGAGGCAGAGGUACUGGGCGUGGGACAGGAGGAAGGGGAGGCGCACCACCUCUGAGGAGAUAAGCUCUUCGGCUAUGAGACAAUUCUAUUCAGCAGCCAUCUUCAGCUUUUCGUUUAUGCAUCUUAUGGUACACAUUUAAGUAAAAUUUCCGACAAGAAGACCCUGAGAGAAAGAAACUAGUUCCGUAUUUUGUGAGUUACUAUAAAACACCAUGCCACUAAGAACGAUUUUAUUACUUAAUGGUCAAGAUCAAAGGGAGAAA